GCAUAUGUCUAAAGUGUCUAUUAUAGACUGUUUGAUACUGUGCCAACAUCGGGGCCAGCUUCGAGUGAUAGAAAUGUCGGGAGCGAAGCCCAAGACCAGCGGCAAGUCCAAGUCCAAGCUGAAACGUAGUUCGCCACGUUUGUAUGACACAAGUGACUUGCCAUCGUUUAUGCAGCCGCAGAAGCUGUCAUGGAAUGUGACGAAAGAGCAGCGCCUACAUCGUCCCAAGUCCGAGAUUGUGCGGGAGCUGCGACGAUUGCGCUCCCUGCCAGUGCGCUCCGACGAUGAUGAGGAGGAGCAGGAUCCGACCGCAGCAGCAGCGGCAGCAACUGAGCCCAUACGCACGCUGGAGCAGCUGGAUGCACUGCGUCUGACGCGCCAUCGCAUCGAGCAGCUGCUGCACAGCACCACAUUCGAGCAGGCUGUGCGCAGCUGCUUUGUGCGGCUGAACAUUAACGCGAUCAAUGUGCUGCCUGAGUAUCGCAUUGCCGAGAUUAUGGACAUCACGGAACUGCCGGAGGGCUACUAUGUGGGUAAAACGCCCACCAAUAUUGCGCUUCAGCUGCGCUACGAGGACCUCGUGAUGAAGCACGAGCUCAACGACAUCUCCAACAUGGCGUUCACGCGCGAGGAGUUCGAUUUCUGGCACGAUAAUUGCAUCUGCCAGGGCUUCGAAUGGCCAACCACGGAACUCAUCUCACAGAAGAAGAUCGAGCUUUACAAUGCGCUCAACAGCGAGGGCAAAAUAACAUCCUUGCUGAAGCACAACGGGCUGCUGCCACUCGCGAUGCCGAUGCGUCCAGUGCCCAAAGGCGGGCUGCUGGAGCGUCUGGGCGGUGUCUAUCCAUGGAAAUUGCAGCGUCCGCCGCCGCCUCCGCCACCGCCACCACCAGCAACACCAAAUCCUGAGCUGGAAGCUGCAGCUGGCAGCGAGGGAUCUGGCGAACCGACAAGGCCCGAGCCCGGCUCGGAGGAGCUGGAGGCACGGCGCUCAGAGCCAAUGAUACCCAGCGCUUAGCCUCCUGGGCGAAUCGACUGAAAUUCCUGUUUGCGCAUCUAAAUUCGGAAAUAAGUAUAUUGUUUUAGUUUUGGUUGGACAAAUUUAUUGAGUUGCAGCUGUAGAAUUCAAAAAUAAAAAUCUUACAAAAUCAGAUCAAUUGAAGA